AUGGCUAGAAUUAGAAGCAACAAACAUCCCAGCCUGAUCCAACCUUGGCAACACCGCGCCCUGGACAACGGCCGCACUCCUCUGCCAGAGGCACCAGGAGAAAGACCCUGGCUGCGUUCCAAGCCUCUCUCUACUCCUCUCUCUACUCAAAUACUGGAGAGCAGCAAGCGCGCCCCAGCCAGCUACAAGUUCUGGCCUGAAGAGGAGAUGCGACGCCUGAUAAGACUCAAGAAGAGCGGUUGGACAUGGGAUGCUCUAACUAUAGCUUUCCCAGAUCGUACGAGGGAAGCGAUCAGACAGGCGUAUCACAAGCGUCGACACGCUGUCGAGAAAAAGAUGGAGUUGGAGGCCGCCGAGGCAGAGGAGGAGGGCGACACCGAUGGCUGA